CUGUGGAUGUCGACGGGGAAGAAGAAGGUUUAAUCCUGAGCUCACACUGAGGCUGACCAAUCAUGAGCAUCAGAGGCAGACACAGACGGAGUGAGCCUUUUGUUGUGCGCUGCACUCAUCAAGUUAGAGGACAACUACCGAUUUGGCCCGAAGAAAAUUAAAAGACGGAGGGUCUUAUCCAAUCACACUGGCCACUGUGUGUUUAUCGGAGUGGGUGGCAGGAUUUCAGUGCCAUUCAUACUGUCAACUGGGACCCUGGCAGCUCUUCUAUUCCCAGCCUGGCCGACCCUCUCUCAGCCUCCUGACAGUUCCAGCCUGAGGUGCUGGUGGAGUAGGAGGAGGUGGUGGAGGGGGGACACUGCCAGGGCAGAGACGGGGCACCGGAGAAGAGGAGGAGGAGGAGGAGGAGGAGAAGAAGAGAGGAAGAAGAGGAGAGAGACAAAGUGGAUCAGAUCAACAGCAGCAGACUGAAAGCUGGAAAUGUCCGUCAGGUCUGAGUCUGUCACAUCCUCGGCCAAUCAGAGCCUUCGUUAACGGCAGCGGCGGCACGUGAUUGGGAGAAGGAUGGCGACCAUGCCGUUCGUCAGCGAAGGGAAGUGUGUGAGCGUGGAGUGGGAUUUUCUACAAGGACUGCUGGCCAAGCCUCCCACCCUGCCCUGCCUGCAGAACCUGCGCAAGGAGAAGUCUCGCAAUGCGGCGCGGUCACGGCGGGGGAAGGAGAAUUUCGAGUUCUUUGAGCUGGCCAAGAUGUUGCCCCUGCCCGGCGCCAUCACCAGCCAGCUGGACAAAGCCUCGGUCAUCCGGCUGACCAUCAGCUACCUGCACAUGCGCACCUUCGCCAGCCAGGGGGACCCACCCUGGAGUCCUUUAAUGGAGGGUGGCGGCAACUGCAGCAAAGUCCGACGAUCGGCUCUUUCUCUGGCGACGGACAUGUUUGAGCAGCACCUCGGGGCACAUCUCCUGCAGUCUCUGGAUGGCUUUGUGUUCGUGGUCAGUCAGGAGGGACGGUUCCUCUACAUCUCAGAGACAGUUUCUAUCUACCUGGGACUCUCACAGGUGGAGCUGACCGGCAGCAGCGUGUUUGACUACAUCCACCCGGCGGACCACGUCGAGAUGGCGGAGCGGCUGGGAAUCAGGCCCCAUCUGAGGGCGGAGGCCGGCUGCCACACGGCUCCCGAGAGCGCCUCCAGCUCCGCGUCCGCCUCCUCGCUGGCCGGGACCCCCGAGCCCGCUCCGUCGAGUCCUCACUCUCCUGCAAACGAACCGACCGAGCGCGGCUACUUCAUCCGCAUGAAGUCCACGCUCACCAAGAGAGGCCUGCAUGUCAAGUCCUCUGGAUACAAGGUGAUCCACGUGACCGGACGAAUCCGCUGCCGCCCCGCCCUCGUGCCGGGCCCCACGCGCCAGGUGCGUCGCCCGCUGGGUCUGGUGGCCCUGGCACACACGCUCCCGCCCUCCACGCUGAACGAAGUCCGCAUGGAGAGCCAAAUGUUUGUCUUCCGAGUGAACAUGGACCUACAGGUCACGUACUGUGAGAACAGGAUCUCUGAGUACAUGGAUCUGACCCCAGCAGAGGUGGUGGGACAUACCUGUUAUCACUUCAUCCACGUAGAAGACCUGGAAAACCUCCGGCAGAGCCAUGAAGACUUGCUGAGGAAAGGCCAGGUGGUGACUGGCUACUACCGCUGGCUCCAGAGGAGAGGGGGCUACCUGUGGAUCCAGUCCAACGCCACCGUCUCCAUCAACCACAAAGCCCCCCACGAACGCAACGUCAUCUGGGUCAACUAUGUCCUGAGCCGAACAGAGUUGCCCGACACUCCCCUGGAUCUGCUGCAGCUUCCGGAGGGCUUACGAGCGGAGAGACUUCGAGUUAGCUCCUCUCCCACCGACAGCUCCCCUCAGGCCCGAGGUAGUUCAGGUUCACAGCCAGUAAAGGGCCCAGCAGGGAAGAGUGACCCCGACACUAAAGGGAGGGAGAAAUUCACUGCCGCCGCCAUCCAAUCAGAGGACAGGAGGAAGCGCCUCCUGAGGUCCGAACCCGAGGGCGCUCCACCCGAAACCCGCCGCAGACUGGAGGAACUCCGCCACGUAGAGGAGAGCGUGUCCGCCUCCUCUGACCUGGCGAGUGAUAGCGAGGGGGAGGAAGAGGAAGAAACGGAGUGGGAGCUGGGGGGGGACAGUGACAGACUGAAACAGGAAGACGGCGGGGGAGGAGGCAAACAGAGCAGGGGGGGAGACACCCCGAGCAGAGGGGAGAGAGGAGGGAGGGCGCACAACGGCCGGGCUGUGAUCCAGCAGCUGAAGAGUGUGGUGACCCCGUCUUCUCUGACUGGCAGCCCCGGCAUCAAGACUGAGCACGACUCCCUCACCGGCGGGGGUCGCUGGGGGUCACACACACAAACCUCCACCUCGCAUCCCAACCAGCACCAGCCCUCACACGCACACACACCCUCCAGCAGUCUCAACGGCGACAGCCCCACCACCCCGAUCCCCGACUCCUCUUCCAGCAGCGAAGCCCCUCCUAAAGGUUUGUUCACUCCGCCAUCCCCGGCUCUGUCCCCCGCCAUGUCCGUGUCCUCCCCGCUGCCCCGCGAGGAGAGGGCCAUGUCGGGCUUAGUCAGUCGAGGCAACAUCGGCAACGGCUGCCCAGGUGGUGGUCCUGACUUUGAGCUGCUGCAGAGACUGGCUGCAGGUGGUGCUGCGGGGCGGGUCCUCUUUCACCCCCUUGCCCUCGGCCCACAGGGUCCUCAGAGCCUCUACGCCCCCAGCACCAUCCGCUACGCUCCACCUGAGCUGCCUCCCUCCCACCACCACAGCGCGGGACACAGUGAUGGCCUGCAGCUACGCUCAGACCACCACAAGGGACCUCCGCCAGCCUUCUUCCCCCACCUGCAGCGGCUGGCCGGGCUGCCACCCUUCAGUGGUUUCUCUCCGUCUGACAGCCCUUUCUCCUCCGGCCUGCCCUUCUGUAUGAAUGGACUGAGGGGGGCCGCAGGCUCGGAGGAGGACUGAGAGAGUCAGAGGGGAGGAAGCGAGAGGAGAAGAUGAAAAUGAAGGAUGGAGCGGGUGACAGAACAGAAAGAGAGACAUUGAAAAGGGCAGGACGGACAGAAGUGGCAGGACAUUACGCCUCUGAGGACGUUACUAAUUGGACAAUGAGUUGAAUAACUGCGAUCCAAAGUGUGUGACACGUCGCUGCCGUAGGGAAUCGUUGUCUGCCUGUUGUGGACGAGUGACAGUGAUUCUCAAAGAAAACGGGACGUGGAAACUUCUGACUGCUCGUCCCUCAAGACGUUCCCUCUCUUCAACAAUAACGAACUCUGCUCUGUGUCUUUCUCUCGACGACCGUGUUGAUUUUCUGUGUCUCUUCCACUCAGAGAAGCCAUAUUGUAUAUAGAGACGAAACCAUAAAGACCCUCAGCUCACACCCACCUCGCUGUCACCACGAUUAACCCAUUAACAGAAGACGGUAGAAAGAGACGGACACUCGUCUGUAGGAACAAAAGGGAAUUUUGAAUAUAAAUUUGUAUUAUUGCAGUAUCAUACAAAUCACCUCUUACGCUGAGAUCCAGGUGAGAAUGUAAUUGUUGGGUUAUCCCAUAAAAUAAAUGAAGGUUUUUUUGUAUUGAGAUUCAAAAUAAUAAUAAUAAUAAUAAUGAAAAGAAAA